AUGGGUCGCUCAAACUCAAAGACGUUGAAGAUCAGAAGGAGGAACAAUGGAAAGAAAAAUCAUAUGGUUCCAUCCAUUGACUCCAUUCCAAAAGAGCUGGUGAGCGAAGUUCUUGCUCGUGUUGCCGCCUUUUCAUCCACUGAUUUCUUAAGUGCCAGGCUAAGCUGUAAGGUUUUCAAUGAAGUUGGUGAAGAUAACUACGUGUUUCACCAUGUAUCCCUUGACAAGUUCCCAGUCAUUCCAUGGCGUGCUAGUGAAGAAGCUUCUUCUUUCUUGAAUAAAUGCAGGGAAAGCGGCAAUCCAGAGGCCCUGUAUAGGCAAGGAGUGGUUGAUUAUUUCAGUUACAUGAGACUAGACUCUGCCCUAGAAUGUCUAAAGAAAGCUGCAAGCUCGGGACACAUCGGAGCUCUAUACGUGCUUGGAAUCAUCCUCCUAUUCCAUGGUGACGAGUUCAAACAAGAGGGCAUACAGCUUCUCAGUGGCAUGAAGGAGUCAAAGAUGUCAAAAAGAAGAGUACUAAAAGACUGCCGUGAGAAUUUGAAAGCCAUCAUAAGAAGGAUUUGGAUUAAAAACUCUAUUGUUUUGGAAAACAGACCAGUCUGUUGUACUAUGGGAGAUCAACACAAGAAAAAGGAAGGAUGGGCAAGUGAAACUGAUGAAGAAGAUAAUUAUCAGUAUUGUCAAGCUUGUACGUGUGAUCGAGAAGUUGCUUCAAUUUGUACUAUGUUACCUCGUUCCAGGGUCGUGUUUGGCUAA